AUGUUUUCUAAUAAAAACGAAGCUAGUGGUCAAGUGAGUAGGGCAGAAAUAAAAAUUGCUGCAUUAAUGUCAGAGCAUAAUCUACCCAUCAAGCUGUGUGAUCAUCUGAUUCCUUUAUUAAAAGUCUUAUUUCCUGACUCGAAAAUUGCCCAAGGAAUGCAGAUGGGAAGAACCAAAGCAACAGGUGUUAUAAAACAUGUUUUAGCCAAAUCUCAUUUUGAAGAACUAAUCGAUGAACUAAAAGCAAAAAAGUUUAGCAUUUUAGUAGCUGAAUCUACAGACAUAGGUGUAGUAAAAAUAUAUGUGUAUGUGUUAGGUACUUUAGUGAAAAAACAAUUGAGUGGAGAAGAAGAUGACCUAGAGGAGUUAGAAGAGCCAUUUGAGAGUGAUGAUAGCAUUGAAGAUAGAGACUAUGAUCCUGCACAAGACGAAGGAAAUGUCUUCGCACAACUAGCUAACACCUGGACAACUACACCAGCAGGAACUCAAAAAGAAGCAAGAAAUACGUGCCCUCGUAAAAACGGUUACAAAUGGAGUACUUUACCUAUAAAUGAUGGAGGUUGUAAAAUCGCAUCAACAAAUAUUGUUUAUAUCCGACCAGGUCCAACAAAUUCAGCCAAAUAUGCCAUAGAGCCUAUAGAUACUUUCAAUUUAUUUUUCUCUGAUGAGAUUCUGGACGAAGUUUUGCUACGUACAAAUGAAAAAAUUGCAGAGCUACGAGUGAGAUACAAGACGAAAAGUGCUACUGUUUCAGAUACGACAUUGCCUGAACUGAAAGCGCUGUUGGGAGUAAACGCUUUUGUAAUAUACCACCACAAUGCAACUAAAAACAGACAGGAGCCAUUAUCCAGGCUAAAUUUUAUGCUGAAACUUCAUGAACAAUUAACAAAGCCGUGGCAACAAAUAAGGCUCCAAACAGUACCAACUUUAUCAAGAGGUCUAAAAGAGAGUCUUUCUACGCUCUUACAUUUGCCACGUGUUGCAGAAGACCGCCGAGAGCCCCAAGGGAAAGGAAAACGGACUUACUGCAGCUUGUGCCCUACAGCAAAGAAACGAAUGACAACUACCAACUGUUAUAAGUGCGAGCGUGCCUUGUGUGGCGAGCAUCAAAUAAAAAUAUGUAUGGAAUGUGGACAGUGA